GACAAGGAAGACUCCAGCCGGACUUUCUACCCGUUAUGUAAGGUAGAACAUAUGCGCAGGCGCAACCCCUUCUCCGCUCCUCCUGAGAAGCUCGCCCCUCCAGCUUCCAUGACGGCCCUUCCUUUGCGCUAUGCGCGUGCGCUGCCUAAUUCCGGCCUCUGCCCUCGGUAGCUAAAGGGCUGGAAAAACAGACGAGACGAGACCAGACGGGGGUGUGUGGAGAGGAGCGAGACCGGCGUUCGCGCAUGCGCUUCGAAACUACCUCAUUCUGUUCCCUACACCCGACCUUGUAAACAGGCGGUGGCGGCGGGAUGGGGCGCCAAGCGGGGCCCGAAUAAGGCCGAAGAGGAGCCAAGCUCAGCACAGCCACCCUGCAAGCGACCGGCUCCCCAUCUAGCCCCCCUCAGGCAUAAUGGACAGGUAACAGGAUAUUGUUCUGUUGUGGUGCCAGAGAGUAAGAAUGACAGAGUGCUUCCUGCCUCCCACCAGCAGCCCCAGUGAGCACCGCAGGGUGGAACAUGGUGGGAGUCUUGCCCGGACCCCAAGCUCUGAAGAAAUCAGCCCAACAAAGUUCCCUGGCUUAUAUCGAACUGGUGAGCCUUCACCACCGCAUGAUAGCCUGCAUGAACCUCCAGAUAUUGUGUCUGAUGAUGAGAAAGAGCAUGGGAAGAAAAAAGGAAAAUUUAAGAAGAAGGAGAAAAGAACUGAAGGCUAUGCAGCCUUUCAGGAAGACAGCUCUGGGGAUGAAGCCGAAAGUCCCUCCAAGUUAAAGCGCUCCAAAGGGAUCCAUGUUUUCAAGAAGCCAAGUUUCUCCAAAAAGAAGGAGAAGGAUUUUAAAAUAAAAGAAAAACCCAAAGAUGAAAAACAUAAAGAGGAAAAGCACAAGGAGGAAAAGCAUAAAGAGAAAAAAUCAAAAGACUUAACAGCAGCAGAUGUUGUCAAACAGUGGAAAGAAAAGAAGAAAAAGAAAAAGCCAUCUCAAGAGUUAGAGAUACCACAAGUGGAUGUUCCCAGGCCUCGACCUGUGUUUGGCAUCCCUUUGGCAGAUGCAGCAGAAAGGACCAUGUUGUAUGAUGGCAUCCGCCUGCCAGCAGUUUUUCGGGAAUGUAUAGAUUAUGUAGAGAAAUAUGGCAUGAAAUGCGAAGGCAUCUACAGAGUUUCAGGAAUCAAAUCAAAGGUGGAUGAGCUAAAAGCAGCAUAUGAUCGAGAAGAAUCUCCCAUCCUGGAGGAGUAUGAGCCUAACACUGUUGCCAGCUUGUUGAAACAAUAUCUGCGAGAACUUCCUGAAAACCUGCUUACCAAAGAGCUAAUGCCUCGCUUUGAAGAUGCUUGUGGGAAGAGCCUGGAGGCUGAGAAGUUGCAGGAGUGCCAGCGUCUCCUGAAAGAGCUGCCAGAGUGUAACUAUCUACUGAUUUCUUGGCUAAUUGUGCACAUGGACCACGUCAUUGCAAAGGAGCUAGAAACAAAAAUGAAUAUCCAGAACAUUUCCAUAGUGCUCAGCCCAACUGUUCAGAUCAGCAACCGUGUCUUAUAUGUGUUUUUCACGCAUGUUCAAGAGUUCUUUAGAAAUGUGAUUCUUAAACCAGUGACGAAGCCUCUUCGCUGGUCUAAUAUGGCAGCGAUGCCAGCAUUGCCAGAAACACAGGAAAGCAUCAAAGAAGAAAUUAGAAGACAGGAGUUCCAUUUGAAUUGUUUACAUCGAGACCUACAGGCGGGGAUCAAAGAUUUAUCCAAAGAGGAGAGAUUAUGGGAGGUGCAAAGAAUUUUGACUGCUCUAAAAAGGAAACUAAGAGAAGCUAAAAGACAAGAGUGUGAAACAAAGAUUGCACGAGAGAUUGCCAGUCUUUCAAAGGAAGAUGUUUCCAAAGAGGAAAUGAAUGAGAAUGAAGAAGUUAUUAACAUUCUGCUUGCGCAGGAGAAUGAGAUUUUGACAGAACAAGAAGAGCUGCUGGCAAUGGAGCAGUUUUUGCGCCGACAAAUUGCCUCUGAGAAGGAGGAAAUAGAUCGCCUCCGAGCAGAAAUAGCAGAAACUCAAAGUCGCCAGCAUGGUCGAAGUGAAACGGAAGAAUAUUCUUCUGAGAGUGAGAGUGAGAGUGAAGAUGAGGAAGAGCUACAGAUAAUCUUGGAAGAUUUGCAGAGGCAGAAUGAAGAACUGGAGAUUAAGAACAACCAUCUGAACCAAGCAAUUCAUGAGGAGCGAGAGGCCAUCAUUGAAUUGCGAGUGCAGCUUCGGCUCUUGCAGAUGCAGCGAGCAAAAACAGAGCAGCAGGUGCAGGAAGAAGAAGAGCUUGAGAAGCGGGGAGGCACAUUGCAGCAGCAGCCGCUGCCACCAAAAGAGACUGUCCUGGAGACAAAAGCAGCAAAAGAGCAGCCAAAGGCAAUCAAGGAGCCAGUGAAGCCAUCACCAAGCAAAGACAGAAAGGAAACUCCUAUUUAAUUGGAUUCCUAUGGUAUUCCGGAUAUCACCUGGGCAAUGCCUGGACUGUGCAUCUUACUGUAAAUCUGAAGCUUGUAUAUCCUGUAAAUAUUUUGUCUUUUACACCCUGGAGACAUUUUGUCUCCUUCCUACCUGUGGCUCAGGUUACUUGGAAGGAUAAAGCAAUUUGAGAUGGGGCAAGAGGUUGCAGCACAGCGGUUAUUUUGCCAUGUCUAAUACUGGCAUCAGGUGACAAUAAAUGACUCAGUGGAGGUUUUAUUUUAAAACAAUUGGGUCUGGAGCAGUCUUGGAAAUUCUCUUGUGCAUUUUUCCCUAAGGGCUACUUCACAUGUAUCAUUUCACUACACAGGGGUAGAAAAGAAAAUACCACAUACCCAGCCUUGUAUUUGACAACUCACCUGGUAGCCAUUGGCAACAGGAAUUCCAUGCAGGUGAGUGUACAGGCAGAUGGAAGAGGAAUAGAUUGCUGCAUCCCUCCUCCAGUCCACUUGAAAGAAGGCAUUUAUUUUAGGGUUGUCUAUAGAGAAUGGGGUUUCCUUUUCCCUACAGCCAGCAUGAAAAUGCAAGCUACUAGCGUCUUAGCCUGGAUUUUUUUUUUUUACUAGCUUGCUAAUAAUUUUUGUGGGGUUAUUUACAAGGCUGCACAUGUCUUAUGUAUGUGUCACAUGCAGAUAUUUUGCUGGGAAACCCCAUUUGGCAGCAACAAAAUAGAUAUGUCUGCAACUAUCAUCGUAAUGGUGUUCAUGCUUUCCCACAGUGUAGAUGAAAGAAAAUGUGUGAAGUGACUCUUGGGUGAGAAUCAGGAGAUCCAACCCAUAACCAUACAUUUACUUACAUUGUGAAUUCCUUUGCUCUCCUUCAUUGUAAUUUCUGUAUUUUUAUUCAAUCUUGCUUGUGUAUUUGGUACAGAUUAUAAACAGAGGAGCUUUACAAAAUAGAUUUGUCCUGAGGAAGGCCUUCAAGUGCAAAAUGUUAGUAUUACUCCGCAUGUUCUCCUUCUCAUCUGACAUUGUUAAAGGUGUAUGAAAGUAUACGUAAAAUUAAGAUGCAAAGAUUGAUGAGCAUAUCCCCGUAAAUGAAAGCUGUCCACUAAGAGCUGUUAAAUAUUGGCAGUGCACUUAAUUAUAGCAUUAAUUAACUAGGGCAUGUCUGUUCCUUAGUAGUGAGAAUACAAGCACCAUAUAAGUGUAUAGCCAAUAGCCUCUUAAUGCAAACUCAUUUUGUUUUGUUAAUUUUUUUAAAAAAGGUUGUUACUACAUUUGUGAAUAAGGUGCUGGUAAUUAACAAGGACCCACAUAUUUUGACUGAAUAGCCAGCCCAAAAUUUGUGAUUGCCAAGAUCCUGUCUGACCACCCCCUAUAGACAGAGAGUCCAAGCUUGGAAAGGAACUGGAGCUCAUUUUUGUUGUAUUGUUCUUUUGAGGUGCUAAGAGUCCUUCCAAGUACAGCUUAACACAAAAGAACUCUAGCCUCCAUCUGGAGCUGGGAGCGUGGUGGGAAAUAAUCCCUGGCAUUGUACCAUGCAGUUUCAGAGAGCUCUCCAGAGUUGCUCCAGCCAAUGCACUUCUGACACACUUGGAAUCCCUAGGAAGUACAGUAUAGGAACCCACUCUCCUCUUGGGCUUGAGGCUAGGAAGGGAAUGGUCAACCAUCCUCAGAGCUGCUCAGUGCUUUAGAGGUACUCUAAGCUUCUCUGAAGUACAGUGCAACUACUGAGCCAAGUCCUAAACUCCAAGCUCAGGAGGAUGAAUGUGGCUUGUCAUGCGUUCCAGAAGGCAGUGGAGCACUAGCUAUGGCGAACAUAUUUGUGAACUUCUGGGUGAUUGAAGAGAGUGGUCCAUGUGGCUUGCUUAUGGACAGAAUGUCUAUCCUUAUCAGGUGAUGCACAUCUCUGUAUACAGACGUUCGUGCUAUUCAGGUGUUCUCAAAGAGUUGGCUGAAGAAAUCCCAAUGGAGACCAGGGUUCCAGUUGAUUACUUUCCAUAUUAUUUUCUAUAUUCAGCAAUGAAUUGUUUGGGUAACUUUUGUCUUUCUAUGGUACCCAUUUUUAAACACAGUUUAAUUGAAUUGGUCAUCUCAAUAAUGUUGAACAGAAUUCCACAGGGUGCUUGUCACUUAUUUAGUUUCUAGUCUGCAUAUUUAUUUUAUAUGUGGUUUUCUUUGCCUAUUGCACUGUUGUGAAUCAUUGGCUGUGAUUUGAUUUUGUACAAAUAAUGCUUUGAGAGAUGUUACAGAGAACAGCAUAUUUUUUUAAAUCUUGAAGAAAAGAAUUUAUGGGGACUAGUCAGAUGACAGUUGUGUGUGCAUAAAGCAUUAUCCUUGGCCUGUUACAUACAUUUUAUAUUUUCUGGCAGUAUUUUUUUGUUUAAAUUCACACUAAUUUCUAUUAAAUUGUCAAACUUUUUAUAUAAUCAAUGUUUAUCAAGCAAAUAUCUUGCUAUCGGUUAACUUCUAUUUUGUCAAGACCAUGUUAAUCAAGUAAAUAAAUUCAACAGCCACCUGCAAAUGGCUUUAUU